AUGUCGGUGCUGUAUGUGUAUAUAGCUCCUUCACAUGCCUCACCAGGCUUUCCAAAUGUGGGAUUUACUAUCAGAGAGAUAGUGUUCAACCUGUUCUGUAAAGGGUUGCACUGCCCCAAAGGAUCUAUUUUGCAGUCUGGGGCUACUUCUAAAUCCUGCUUUGUCACUGUCGGCCCAGGUAGUGACUUUCAUCAGCUUUGGCUGGUGUUCCAGCUAUGGCACCCCCUAGGCAGUGACAGCCUACUAACAGUUAGCAAUGCUCUGGUAAAACUUAGCAUUGACUUCUAUAACACACUGUAUGUAGGGCUGCCUUUGAAGACUGUUUGGAAACUGCAGAGUAGAAACUCAAUAAUAGACUUAGCAGGGUUGCACAUGUUGCUCUCUGGGAAUCUGAUGCAGGAUUUGUAA